UAUGGUUUUCAAAUUUCAGCAGCCAUUUGUUAUCGUGAUUUUGUACAGCGCAAGGAAAAAUUGAAUAAAAAUGUUGCGAUCCACUUCAGGUAGAUUAGUAAAUGCACUAAAAAAAUCUCUGGUUUCACCCACUAGGGUAUGCGCCAUCAAUGCUGUGAGGAGAUCGCACGAUGGUCCCCAGGAAUCCGACGAAGAAUUCGAUGCCAGGUAUGAAGCAUUCUUCAACCGACGAGAUAUUGAUGGCUGGGAGAUUCGCAAGGGAAUGAAUGACCUGUGCGGUAUGGACUUGGUGCCUGACCCGAAGAUCAUAAGCGCAGCCAUGCGUGCUUGCAGGAGGGUGAACGACUACGCCCUGGCUGUUAGGUUCAUUGAAGCUUGCAAAGAAAAGUGUGGUGACAAGGUGGCUGAAAUCUACCCCUACAUCAUCCAGGAAAUCAAACCCACACUCACCGAACUUGGAAUUGACACCCCUGAAGAGCUUGGCUAUGACAAACCUGAACUUGCUCUAGAGACUGUAUAUGAGCAGUAAGAUUUAAUUAGGAGUUUGUGCGAUAGUAGUUUUUAUUUAAUUUAAUGGCAAGGCCACCUUCAACAUGAGUAUUCCAUUUUGUUUUGCCUUACAAUUACAAACAGUUGUUAUUAAAAUAAAUGUUUCUCUAAUACAGGUAUGUUAGAAAACUA